CCUCAGUCCUCAUCAUCACAUUUUUGUAAACCCUAGAUUGAUAUCCUCAUCCAUCCACAUCCAUUUUUGUCUUCAUUUUCAACACCUACACAGACCACACAAAAACAAGUAUGCCUUCGUACGCCAACUUGAAUACAUCUGAUUGGAACUACACCGACUCAGACAUUGCCCAAAAGUUCCUGUUCUUCAAUGUCCUUAAAGACGGUCGCAUCCAUGUCUUCAUGCCUCCUGUUGUUAAAAUUCCUCCGUCCUCUUAUACUUCCCCUGAUGUUUUAAUCAAAGAUGUGGAUAUCUCCUUGGAUCUUUCUGUUCGAAUUUUUCUCCCUUCAUGUAUGUCCACAAAUAGCGCGUGCACUACAUCUGCAGGAAAUAAACUUCCAGUAUUUCUCUACAUCCAUGGCGGAGCGUACUGUACAGGGUCUGCUUUUUCAGAAGAGUACACACACUUUGUUGCCGACAUUACUGUUAAAGCUAAUGUCAUUUCAGUCUCAAUCGAGUACAGUCUCUUCCCUGAGCGUAAACUCCCUGCCUGUUAUGAGCAAGUAUGGGCUGCACUCCAGUGGGUGACAUCACACAAUAACGGCUCUGGACCUGACCCCUGGAUCAAUCAUCACGCUGAUCUUCACCGAAUCUUUAUCAGUGGGAAUUCUGUAGGUGGAAAUAUGUCUCAUUUUUUGUUAUCUAAAGUAGGAAGUUUGGGACUUCCUGGGGAUGCUAACGUAGAAGGGAUGAUCUUGAUUCAUCCUUAUUUUGCGGAGGGAGACGAAAAUUGGAUGUAUAUGUGUCCUACUAAUAAGGGGCCUCAGGAUCCUAGGAUGAAGCCUGCUGUAGAGGAUCUAGCUAGGAUUGGAUGUGAUAAAGUGUUGGUAAUCCUUGCUGAAAAUGAUAGAUUUGGAUUGUAUAAUAUAGGCGAGAAGUAUGUUGAGGAAUUGAAGACUAGUGGAUGGGAAGGGACAGUUGAGAUGAUGGUGAACAAAGGAAAAGAUCAUUGCUUUAUGUUUUCGGAUCAUUUGGAUCCUCAGGCUGUAGCUGUUCGUAAAAGGAUUGUUUCUUUCAUCUAUAAUCAGGGAUCUUGAGUCUCAGACAAGGUAUUAGCUAUAAAUUGUAUUAAAAGUAUGGAAAUAAUUGUCAAAUGCUUACUGGUUCAAUUGGACUGCAGUUUUGCAAUGUUAUUUGUAAAUUGUUCUUGAGUUCUUGAUCCAUUGUUUUAAUUGGUAAGAUCAAUUAUAUUGAAUCUUUAAAUGGCAAAUCAAUUACAAUUUCA